AUGGACGCCCCAGCUAUGGACGCCCCAGCUAUGGACGCCGUAAGCUCUACCAAGCGAGACAUUAAGAACCAUUUUCUUUUCGAAAUUGCGACAGAAGUCGCCAAUCGAGGCAAGCAAGAUUCCAGCUUGUUCCUCAAGUCCAAAGCUCCUGUGACCACCGCCGAAUAUGGAGAACGAUACUGUCUUAUUGGUCCUCUGAACCGCGCAUCGGCCGCCGUGGAAGUCGAGCCCCUAGAGCCUUCCUACCCACCUCUGAAGGAUACAAUCACCGCCAUGGGAGAGCGUGGGAUCAGCUUGCUAUACGGCCGCUGGCUAAUCGAGGGUGCUCCGAGAGUGCUUCUAAUUGAUACAUCAACCGGUUACCGCUGGCUAGAUGAGUGGAAGGGUGACCUGUGGUCUGCCGCCGGUAUUCCGUCACCUGCCGGAGACAGCGAAACGAAUGAGGCUAUUGUGUUUGGUUACCUUGUGGCAUGGUUUCUUGGCGAGUUCAUUGCCAAAGAGCAAUCCAGGGCGGUGAUCGCGCAUUUCCACGAAUGGCUUGCCGGCGUGGCCAUCCCUUUGACCAAGAAGCGACAUAUGGAUGUCACCACCAUCUUCACCACCCACGCGACUCUACUGGGUCGAUAUCUAUGCGCCGGCUCCGUGGACUUCUACAACAAUCUCCAGUACUUUGACGUGGAUGCGGAGGCCGGAAAACGUGGCAUUUACCAUAGAUACUGUAUCGAACGUGCCGCAGCUCAUUCGUGCGACGUUUUUACAACCGUGUCCCAUAUUACGGCAUACGAAAGCGAACAUCUUCUCAAACGCAAACCGGACGGCGUAUUGCCGAAUGGUCUUAACGUCAAGAAGUUUUCGGCAAUGCACGAAUUCCAGAAUCUACAUCAGCAGGCGAAGGAACGAAUUAACGACUUUGUCCGAGGUCAUUUCUACGGACAUAAUGACUUCGAGCCUGAAAACACCCUCUACUUCUUCACGGCUGGAAGGUAUGAAUACCGCAACAAGGGGGUUGACAUGUUCAUCGAAUCCUUGGCGCGCCUGAACCAUCGUAUGAAGGUUUCUGGUUCGAAAAUGACAGUCGUUGCCUUUAUCAUUAUGCCAGCGCAGACAACAUCAUUGACGGUGGAAGCUCUACGUGGCCAAGCUGUUGUCAAGUCGCUCAACGACACAGUUGGCGUGAUUGAGCGUGCAAUCGGCAGGAGACUAUUCGAGCGAUCGGUGCACUGGAAGGAAGGUGACCCCAUGCCGGAUGAAAAGGAACUUAUCACCAGUCAAGAUCGGGUCAUGAUUCGUCGGCGUCUCUUCGCGAUGAAACGAAGUGCGCUCCCUCCGAUCGUCACCCACAACAUGGUCAACGACUCGGAAGAUCCAAUUCUGAACCAAAUCCGCCGUGUCCAGCUUUUCAAUCAUCCCUCCGACCGUGUCAAGAUUAUUUUUCAUCCAGAGUUUCUGAACUCGGCCAAUCCAGUCCUACCCCUCGAUUAUGAUGACUUUGUCCGGGGAACCCAUCUUGGUGUCUUCUCUUCAUAUUACGAGCCAUGGGGUUAUACGCCGGCAGAGUGCACUGUGAUGGGUGUCCCUUCAAUCACUACCAAUCUGUCAGGCUUUGGCUGUUACAUGGAAGACUUGAUUGAGAACUCGUCGGACUAUGGCAUCUACAUUGUUGACCGAAGGAUGAAGGGUGUGGACGAUUCCGUCAACCAGCUUACAAAUUACAUGUUCGACUUCACCGGCAAGAGCAAGAGACAGCGGAUCAACCAGCGGAAUAGAACUGAGAGGCUAAGUGAUCUCCUUGAUUGGAAACGAAUGGGCAUGGAAUACGUCAAAGCCAGACAAUUAGCUUUACGGAGAGCAUAUCCCGACUCCUUCGUAGAUGCGGACGACUUCGACGAGAUCAUUGGCGGCACAGCACAGAGGAUAUCAAGACCAUUAUCUGUGCCAGGUUCACCGCGGGACCGCUCCGGCAUGAUGACGCCUGGAGAUUUUGCGUCUCUGCAAGAAGGUCGAGAAGGUCUCAGCACAGAGGAUUACAUAUCAUGGAAACUUCCUGAGGAAGAAGACACCGAGGACUAUCCCUUCCCACUAACGCUGAAGUCGAAGAAAGAUUCUGGCUCUACCUCGCCUGUCACUCCUGCCACCCCUGCCACGAAUGGAACAUAG